AUGGAAAACCAAUCUACAGUGAAUGAAUUCAUUCUGUUGGCAUUUUCUGAAAUCAGAGAGCAACAGAUUUUACAUUUUUUGGUGUUUCUGACCAUUUAUUUGGUAGCAUUGAUGGGAAACAUUCUCGUUAUACUAGCUAUAGUCUAUGACCAUAAUUUGCAUAGUCCUAUGUAUUUCUUUCUAGCCAAUUUAUCAUUGAUAGAUGCUUGCUAUAUCUCUGUAACUGUUCCUAAAUCUAUGGCUAUUUCAUUGACAAAUGACAGAAGAAUUUCCGUAUCUGGAUGUGUUUCUCAAGUUUUUCUAAUUAUGAUAUUUGCAGGGGCUGAGCUGUCCUUUCUUACUGUUAUGGCAUAUGACCGCUAUGUGGCAAUCUGCCUCCCAUUACAAUAUAUGAAGAUCAUGAAUUGGAAUGCCUGUCUCCAAAUGGCAGCUGCCUCUUGGAUCACUACUAUAGUCCAUGCAAUAGUGCAAACUAUAUCAACAUUCAGGUUACAGUUUUGCACUUCUCAUAUUCAACAAUUUUUCUGUGAUAUUCCAAAAUUAUGGAGGAUUUCAUGCACAGAUACAAUGUUCAAUGAGUGGCUUGUUGUUGCUGUUGUAUUAAUGGCUGGUGUUUUUUGUUUUUCUUUAAUAUUCAUAUCUUAUGGGUUCAUUUUCUUGACAGUAUACAAGAUUCAAUCAUCCCAGAGCCAACACAAAGUCUUCUCCACCUGCACUCCACACUUGACUGUCUUCUCUUUAUUUUUUUCAACUGCUAUCUUCUCAUACACUAGACCACGGGCCUUGUCCUCAAUUUCUUUAGAUUUGCUGUCUGCAGUCUUGUACACUGUUCUGCCACCAGUAAUGAAUCCCAUUAUUUAUAGCCUAAGAAACAAAGAUAUCCAUCAGGCUGCAUGGAAGAUGUCAAAUAAGUGGUUUCAAUUUCACAGGGUCAUCUCAAAUACCUUUCCCCCAAAGUCUCAAAUUUUCAUAAUAGAAAAAGCAAUGGCAUGA